GCGACGAUGCAUUUGUCUACCCGUUUGAUUACCGCAAAACGUGUCAGUAACGAAGGAAUGCGAGAGGACGAGUGAGUUUUUUUUGGGCAAUAACUAAUAACAAGGAUGAGAAUAGCCUAAUGAAAGUGUUUUUUCAUUGACAAACGAGAGUUGAAGAGGCUGAUUUCGACUGGAUUGUUUGUCUUCUAGUUUCACUGUACCAAUCAGUUGAACCUGAAUCUAUGACUAUGACACUUACCAAAAUUCUGUCAUUAUCUAAAAGACGGAUGUCCGUGUUAUUGUUCUACGGACUGUGGCUGUACCUGAACGCUUUUAAAUCGGCCGAGGCGAUCCAUCCCGACUGCGCCUCGGUGGCCCAUCACAUGCAGGCUCGGGAAGCCUGCAUGAAGACUCGCAAACAGGAGAGCCGCAACCGAUCCACCACGACAGGCUGCCGGACGGAGUGGGACGAUAUUCGCUGCUGGUACCGUGCCGAGGUUGGCCAGGUCGUUAGCGUCUCCUGCGCUAACGUGUCCCAGCUCUUUGCCAACAACCAAGGUUACAUCUACAGGAACUGUACGAAGGAGGGCUGGACAGACCUGCACCCGUCGUACGAGGAGGCCUGCGAGUUUGCCGAGGACGCGGAGACCGAGAGCGAGACGACGUACUUCUCGACCUUCCAACAGGUGUACACGGCGGGCUACGCCACCUCCCUCAUCACCCUCAUCAGUGCCAUCUUCGUGUUCACCGUGUUCAGGAAGUUCCACUGCACCAGGAAUUACAUCCACAUCAACCUGUUCUCCUCCUUCAUCCUGAGAGCCAGCGCGGUGUUCGUCAAAGAUGGGGUGCUGUUCGCCGACGAGAACCUAGACCACUGUAUCAUGUCGACGACUUCCUGCAAGUCGGCGGUGUCCUUCUUCCAGUUUAGCAUCCUGGCUAACUACUUCUGGCUCCUGGUGGAGGGCAUGUACCUCCAGACUCUGCUGGCCCUCACCUUCGUCUCCCAGAAGAAGUAUUUCUGGUGGUACACUCUCAUCGGCUGGGGUCUCCCAGCUGUUAUACUGAUGGUGUGGGUCCUGACGCGCAACUUUUACGAUAACCGAGGAUGUUGGGAUGACACGGAUGUGGCCUUUAUCUGGUGGAUCAUCAAAGGGCCCAUCACUGCAUCACUGCUGGUCAAUUUCAUCAUCUUCAUCAACGUGAUUCGAAUUUUGGUCCAAAAGCUCAAAUCUCCCGGUGUUGGAGGGAACGACGCCAGUCAUUUCAUGAGACUGGCCAAAUCCACUCUGUUCUUGAUCCCUCUGUUUGGGAUGCAUUACAUGGUGUUUGCCUUCCUACCAGAGAACACGGGAGAGGAGGCCCGUAUCUUCAUAGAACUGGGCCUCGGCUCCUUUCAGGGCUUCGUUGUGGCUCUGCUGUACUGUUUCCUUAACGGAGAAGUCCAAGCAGAGCUGAAGAAGAGGCUAUGGAAAUGGCAGACUCAGGGCUACAUGAGCUACAGUAAGCGGCGUCGCACCCUGUUCACCGAGAGCAGCACCGUCACCCAGAUCUCCGUCCUGGAGAAGUCCAGCCCCAAGGAGCCGCCCAACACGGACACCCUGGUCAACAACACUGUGUCCUCGGUCUGAAAGAAGGCAAAAACCCCUGCCUCUCUCUCUCCUCUUCAUCUACCUCUCCUCCUCACCCACAGCCUCCUUCUCCUCUUCCCCCUCUUCCUACUCCCCCUAACCCAUCUCUCUCUCCCCUUCUCUCGUGCUGCUUGGCCCUUUUAAAGAACGGAUUAUACCCUGUGGUGGCCAGACCUCAGAUAUUUCUCUGAAUGUUGAACGAAUGAGAAGUUUUGUGUCUUUGCUGAAGUGAAGGGUCACUGGAUAAGUUAAAAAGACUGUUCUUUAGGGUCCUUCUCGUGGCUCUACAUUGUGUGCCUGUUAACUAGUUCACGCAUUUUAUUUGAUGAUAACAAAAAUAUAUAUCGUUGAUUGGUUUCUAGAUUGGCCUGUGUAUUGCUAUGGUCAACGAUAAUGUUGCUAGUGAAUGCUUCAGGUUACCGUAAAGCAGCGGAAACAUUGCUUUAUUACCCUCCAGCUUCACGAGGACACAUACAGGAUAUGUCCAACAGGGCAAUCUGAAUGAGCGUGUUGUGCUUGAGUUGCUGCUCCAACUGACAGACAUUGUGAGACGGGCAGUGUGGCUAAUGGCCAGGCUCGCAUGGAGAAAGGCCUAUGAAUGAAGGAGGAAUCCCACGCCUGUUCCAUUUGUGUGAGGGCAGGUGUAGGUGAGGGGAGGCCGUCUGAACAGGUCCAGAUGGAAGGAACCAUCCAGAAGGCCCCUCUCACAAGGAAACAGUGUUCACAGUGAGACAGGGCUACCAUAGGGACCUCAUGAGACCUGUGACACCAUUCAAACACUGCCAGGGACAUUAGUUUGUAGAAAGAGCAGAACAUCAUGUAGUAUCCUCCUCAUCAACCAAACUGUACAGUACCGCUUUAACCUUACUGAUUUCGACUACAUGCAAGAUGUUGCACAGUGCAUUAGCGCACAUCUGGAGCACUAGACUGUAAAACGUGUUUUAUUUAAGAUUUUGAGGUUUUCUGUUUGAAAUUGUAUAUCGUACUGUCGUGCUGUUGUAAAUAGACAUGAAUGAGUUGUGAGGUGUGAGUGUGCUUUGCACAAUUUGUAAGCAUUGCUUCAAAACAUUUUACAAGGCAGGUUAACCUGCUCUAGGAUUGAGUUUGAAGCCUGUAUUUUUGUAUUGCAAAGGUAUGUACACUGCUGAAAGAAACAUUAUAAAUGGUAAAUAAGUGGUAAUCAAGUUAUAUUAUAAUUUAAAUAAAUCAAUAUUUUAUAUAUAUCAACUGAAAGAACACUUUUAAAAAGAAGACAUGUGUCACUAUUAGGUACUGUAUAUAGGAUAGUGUAGGAAACAGGUUUUAUGUCAAAAGAUUUGUUACAUUAACUAUUUGCAAAAGAACAACCCUCAAAUUGAAUGUUUAAUUUGUGAUGAAUGACAAUAUAUAUUCUAACAAGGAAAAAAACACUAAAGCUAAAGUUGUUAUUUUGUAAAGGGAUACAAAGAUAUUGUAUGCAGUGAAGCUACUGUAAAUUGGCUAGACAUAUUAAAUCCAGUAGGAUUAUUCCUAGUUAUUGGAUGAUUUUGUGUCUGAUUUGAAAGCAACAUCUGGCCACCAACUAUACACGCUAAUGAGACUGGAUAUGAUUGGCUUCAGCAAUGUUGCCAAAGCUCCGUUGAAUGACUAACCAAUCAUUAUCUUCACUCACUCCUUAUGUUUGUGAACCUUGUAGAACAAUACUGCCAGUCCACCCCCCAAACAAUACAGGGUCUGUGCUUAGAAACACGCUUUGCUUUACUUGUAUUGUAUGUAUUUUCAAUGGUCAGUGUAUAAAUGUUUAGGCCCUGGGUGAUUUGUUGGUGUGUAGGUUUGAAAGGACGAGGUUCAAGUGGCCGUAUAAGAAGAACUUCAUUAUGCUCGCACUGUCUAAGGCAAGCUUCACAUCUGCAGACACUGAAGGGUCACUAAUGGAUAGAGGUAAUUGGUCGUUUUCUGACUGGAUUAGGUAGUACUCCGGAUUUGCUGAUCAGAGAACUGUAUUUGUAGAUGGGUCACUGCGGCCUAAUGUUUUGAAAGACAGCCAUGGAUUUGCACUCCUUCAGAUAUCUACAUACAGUACCUUUGUAAACAAUAUCGUAUUAUUUGAUAGAUGUAAGCAGUGAUCUGAAAACCCGAAAGGAAACAACCAACAGUGCCUUCACUGUGUAUCUGGGUUUAUUUUAUCACCACUCUCUAAAAGGUAAUGCCUUUUGUUCAAACUCAUGAAUUAAAUUGUAUAAAUAAUCUUAAUUUGUACAGUAUAUAUAUAUAUAUAUAUAUCAUAUAUUAAUACGAGUGGUGACCAUACAUUGGUAUAUCAACAUUUAUAAUGAUGUGUACCACGUUUUUCCUCUGUACAUUGUAGCUGUGGAGUCCUAAGACAAUUACAUUGUUCAGAAGGAACUGCACACAGCUUUGCAUUGACUGUAUGAUUGUAAGCUGACAACACGAUCAAUUGAGAACA